AUGGGAAACGGGACAACUGUCCAGGAAUUUACCCUGGAGGGAUUUCCUGCUGUCCAGCACCUGGGCAGACUUCUCUUCUCACUGAACCUGCUGGCAUACCUGGCCUCCAUCACCGGAAAUGUCGUCAUUGUCUCCAUCAUCUGCACCAGUACCCGUCUGAAAAGCCCCAUGUACUUUUUCCUCGGUGUUUUCUCCUUUGGGGAGUCUUGUUUUACAAGUGCUGUUAUUCCCAAGUUGUUGGCUAUAUUUCUUUUAGGGAAACAAACAAUUUCCUUUGUUGCCUGUUUCAUACAAACCUUUGUCACUCUAUUUAUCGGGGCAUUCGGUUUUUUUCUCAUAGCUGUGAUGUCAGUGGACAGGUGUGUAGCUAUUUGCAAGCCUCUGCAUUAUCCCACCAUCAUGGACCUGAGGACCUGCAUCCUUCUAAUUAUGGCCUGCCUUGCUCUGACCUUCACCCUGAUCACGUGGCUAGUAGUGACGGUAUCACGGUUAUCCUUCUGUGGCCCCCACGUCAUCCCCCACUUCUUCUGUGACAUCAGCCCUCUGAUCCACCUCUCUUGCUCUGACACCAGUUCUGCUGAAGCUCUCACGUUCGCCCUUGCUUUGAUUAUUCUUUUCUCGUCUCUCAUCAUAACCACUAUCGCAUACAGCAACAUAGUCAUCACAAUUGUGCGUCUCCCAUCGGCUAAGGAGAGACAGAGAGCUUUUUCCACCUGCUCAUCCCACCUCAUCGUCCUCUCUCUGAUGUAUGGCAGCUGUGUGUUUAUAUAUGUGAAACCGAAGCAAAUGAGCAGGCUUGAAUCCAACCGAGAGGCUGCUCUUGUGAACACGGUAGUGACGCCGCUUCUGAACCCCGUCAUCUACACCCUGCGUAACAAGCAGGUCCAUCAGGCUCUGAGGGAGACUCUGAGCAGAAUAAAAAUAUCAGGAUAG